CAUGAUGAGCAACUACCCGGACGGAGAGGAGGACACGGUGGCGCUGCUGGCUCAUGACACCGGCGGCAGCAAGGAGCCGGAUCGGGGCAAAGAGGAGCUGAGCUCGGACAAGGGCCCCGAGAAGCCGGACCCGUCGCAGAAGCCCCCCUAUUCCUACGUGGCCCUGAUCGCCAUGGCCAUUCGGGAGAGCGCGGAGAAGAGGCUCACGCUGUCCGGGAUCUACCAGUACAUCAUCAGCAAGUUCCCUUUCUACGAGAAGAACAAGAAAGGCUGGCAGAACAGCAUCCGCCACAACCUCAGCCUCAACGAGUGCUUCAUCAAGGUGCCCCGGGAGGGCGGCGGCGAGCGCAAGGGCAACUACUGGACCCUGGACCCCGCCUGCGAGGACAUGUUCGAGAAGGGCAACUACCGCAGGAGACGAAGGAUGAAACGGCCUUUCCGACCUCCUCCGACCCACUUCCAGCCUGGCAAGACUCUCUUCGGCCCCGACAGCUACGGCUACCUGUCCCCGCCCAAGUACUUGCAGUCCACCUUCAUGAACAACUCGUGGCCGCUGGCGCAGCCCCCCGCGCCCAUGCCCUACACGUCCUGCCAGAUGUCUGGUGGGAACGUCAGCCCCGUCAAUGUGAAAGGACUCUCGGGCCCGGCGUCCUACAGCCCCUACUCGAGGGUGCAGAGCAUGGCGCUGCCCAGCAUGGUGAACUCCUACAACGGCAUGGGCCACCACCACCACCACCCGCACGCCCACCACCCCCAGCAGCUGAGCCCGGCCAGCCCUGCGCCGCCCGCGGCCCCGGCGGCAAACGGAGCCGGCCUCCAGUUUGCCUGCGCCCGCCAGCCCGCCGAGCUGUCCAUGAUGCACUGUUCGUACUGGGAGCAUGACAGCAAACACAGCGCCCUGCACUCCCGCAUAGACAUCUAGGGAGGCUCCGGCCAGCC